CGUGGUCAGGUAAGGCUCGUGGAUGGUGGUGUUGCUGCUGGACACACACUUCUGCUAGACAUCGAUAUCAAACAUUUGCAAUGUACACCAGAUGGCAGCAGUAACAAUUGCUUAUAUUAGUGAAGGACUAACACAUCAAUAUUUCAUGAUUUCCGUGUGUGUGUGUGUGUGUGUGUGUGUGUGAUUUUUUUUAUACUUCCUUUACAUCUCUAUUCUCACACCUCGUGUCGUGCGUGUUCACGUGUCUGAUCAAAAUAUAGAAGAAAGGUGAAUGAAAGUGUACAUUUUCUAACAAAAUGUCACUUCGACGUUUGAUUUUGAUCACCAUCGUUGUGUUCAUCACCUCAGAAACCGUUUCAGGUGAAGGUGUGAUGAAAGCAGUGGGUGAUCAAGUUUCUUUUCGUCCAGACAAAUUCAUUCCUCCUGUCACCAGCAUCAUCUGGAAACACAUAAACACUGAUGGAACUGUUACUGUCAAGGCGAUUGAAUGGGAUGAAGGAGAAAUUCUGAUCCCGAAUCCAAGAUUCAAAAACAUCACAACUGUUGAUGAGAAGACUGGACAAAUCACUAUCACUAAUCUAAAAGUUGAACACAGUGGAGUUUAUACCAUUGACAUCAACAGUAAAGAGCAGGAACAGAGAUUCACAUUGACUGUUAUGGAGCAGGUCCCCAAACCUGUAAUAAAAACACAGAAGAGUGAAGAUAACCCUGAUGCUGUGAAUUUAAUAUGUGAGUACAAUGAAAUGAUCAUCUGGAAGAAUUCUGCUGGAGAAACACUGAAGGGUUCAAAACACGAUCCGAAAGGAGAGACUUUAGUGGUCAAAUAUGAAGGAAACCUAAAAAACUUCUACACCUGUACACUGAAGAACGCAGUGAGUGAGGAGACCAGUGAGCCGCUCUAUGAGAGAGAUCUGGAGCGGGUCCCCAAACCUGUAAUAAAAAUAGAGAAGAGUAAAGAUAACCCUGAUGCUGUGAAUUUAAUAUGUGAGUACAGUGAAACGAUCAUCUGGAAGAAUUCUACUGGAGAAACACUGAAGGGUUCAAAACACCAUCCGAAAGGAGAGACUUUAGUAGUCAAAUAUGAAGGAAAUCGUGGAAACUUCUACACCUGUACACUGAAGAACACAGUGAGUGAGGAGACCAGUGAGCCGCUCUAUGAGAUAGAUCUGGCAUCAAUCAAAGGAUGUGCCGUUGCAGCCGUCAUUCCUUCGAUCACUAUGGUUAUCAUCAUGCUUUUACUAUAAUUGAUUUUAACGAAAUAACAGCUGUGAGUGUAUGAUUGAUGCUGCCACAGUUCAUCUGGAGAUCUAAACCGUCUGUGCCGUCAUAACUUUGACUGUUUUUAAACUUUUGCUUUUUAACCUUUCUGGACAAGAUGAAAAUAUCUUAUUGGAACCAAACAGAGUGUUUUGCAGGCGUGUUGAAUGAUUGUGUAUUAAUAAAUAGCUACUAAAAAGAAAAACAUUUUACAAUAAAUUUUACACAAAAUGUUCUGCUUCAUUUUCUUUUGUGGUGGAGAGCAGAGAAGGCAUUUUUUCUG